CCUCAUCCUCAUCCCCGUCCGACUUCGCCUCUACCUCCGUCUUCGUUCUUCUGUCCACAAAUCGGACUCAAGUUCCGGUCCACCCCUGAUUGCCUGCGCGGGCGAUAACGCGGCCCGUUGAACGUGUUGACACAUUACACACUCGCUUGAUCUCGUUUGUCAGAGGCGAUGAAGGGGGAACGCGGGGCCCCACGAUCCCCGCAGCCAAGCCGGGCGCCGGGGGAGAAGUUCCCUGCGUGCCUGGAAUGGUCCCACGUCUGUUCGCACGUAGAGUCUGGGGUGCAGACCGAAAGUCAUCGUAGUGCGCGCCCUCCCCAGGAUAUCUACCGAACGACUUCCACGUAACGUGGAGGCUCUCCAUAAAUCACACAUCUUUUGCCCAUCACUCCCGGCUCUCAAACACGCUGACUCGGAGCUCGGCAUGAUAACAUGCAAAUUCGGAACCCGGAUCCGGGUUGCGAAGAUGCCGUUACCACGUAGACGUGAGAGGGUCAUAUUAUCUGAAUUAGAGAAGCUGCUGCAUGAUCUCCGUGACCCUGUGGUUGCUGGAGACCGUCCGAGCCAAGCAUUCAGAGAGCCUCCUGACCGCACCGAUCGAUGGGGAAAACACUCUCAACUCUCACCGUCGCUGUAUGCAAG